AGAAAGACAACUUACACAAGUUGAGUCAAGUACCGCACCGCCACCACUAGCUAGCUAGCAAUGGCCUGCACACCCACCGAAGAACCCACCAUGGAGACCUGCGGCGACGACGUCUCCGACCCAACCAUGGAGAUCAUCGGCGUCCUCUCUGAUGUCUCCAUGGCGAGCAGAAGCCUCCCCGUAGGCGUCGUCUCCACCAAUUUCAAGGUCACUCGUGGCUUCGGUGGAAUCACGGAGAACGCCAAGGUGAACGUCGACAGGCUGUAUCUGCGCCAGAUCAUGACGGGCUGGGACGCGAAUCAGUCAGACGUGAUACAGCCCAAUGCCGUGACAGGGCUAGGUAAAACUGCUGUGAACAACUGGGGUGUCUAUGACGGUGCUGGCUCCAAGGCUAAACUUGUUGCCAAAACGCACGGCAUGCACACACUUGCCGGCAAAUGGAGCAAUUGGUUCACCUUGGCGUUUGUGGUCGGAAGGUUCGAAGCGUCCACUCUUCAGGUUAUGGGAGCUAAUGAUGAGGAUGAAGCAGAUAAUGACUGGGCCAUUGUAGGUGGGACCGGUGAAUUCGCAAUGGCUCGCGGUAUCAUUCGGAGAAGAGUAUAUAGUAUAACAAACAGUACAUUAACACAUGCGCUUACUAUUGAAUUCUUCUGCCACAUGACGGAGGUCGUCCCUUCACCUACAAAGAGAGGAACAGUUGGUGGAAAUAGAGGCACCCUGCCCCGGGAAAUGGAAGGCAAAUCCCAACGUCUUGAAAAUGUGACAAUCUACCAUGUAGGUGCAGUUGAAGGGUUUCAAUUUUCCUACGUUGACGAAGACGGGAAAAUCCGCACCACUGAUACUUGGGGUCGAGUACAUCCUGAUCCUUUGCGCAAGACCGAAAUAAAGUUUGGCCCAUCAGAGUUUGUGAAAAAGAUCAAUGGGGCUCAGAGAGGAGGCGAGGGCUGGCUGUCAAAAUUUGAGAUCGUCACCACCCACAAAACGUAUGGUCCUUUUGGAGCUGACAACGGCACUCCAAAUUUCAGUUAUACCGUGCCGGAGGACGAGACGGUGGUGGGCUUCUUCGCAAACACUGAUAACAUUUUCGUCACUUCGAUUGGUGUUUAUACCAUCUAAAUCAUUCAAUAUUCGACCCUGCGGCAGCCUGCAGUUACCUACAUGUUCCUUUUAAUCAUCAGAGUGUUUGAUUUCUUCCCGUUUCCGCUGUUCCAGCAAUAAGAUGGCUAGCUAACAAGGGUGUGUCCCCCUUGUCUAUGCCUAUUGCAUUGUGAUCUUUCAUAAUCAAAUCGGUCGUGUAACAUCUUUCUUUUUC